AUGCAUCACCUCAUUGUACACAAACUGAUUAAUAGUUUCUGUUUUAUUGGCAUUUCUUACACCGAACUAGUCUUGUCGCCACCCACAACAAAUUCUCCUACAGUGGAUAAACCGAAAAUGGCUUCACACAAUAGUAACUGCACAGGUUUUAACACAGAUGAUGAAAUUAACACCAGCUGUGAUAAUUUUGAGGAAACUAUUUGCCACAAACAAAUGUCAAAUGAUUCCCUUAGAGAUCAUUUAUUACAUUCAGAUAAUUUCAUCAUAGAUAUUUUGAGGAAUACAGAGAAUUUAAAUGAAUCACAUCUUAUGGCUGCUAUUAAUUACUACCAAUCUUGUACCACAAACUCUAAAGAGAAAACAUCCACAAGAAAAGAGAAAAUUGUUCAAUUAAUAUCAUUCCUUUUCAACGGAUGGUUAUCGCCGCUAGGUUCUGAUAAUAACGGGUUCAAUAUUAGCAAGAAUAUAUCUGAUGAUAAAUUGUUCAAUCUUACAAGUUUAAUUUUACCACUGAUCUUUCAAAAUGGACGAACAAGUAUAUUUUCUUUUAACGUAGUUCGAAGUAGAAACAAAAGUAUAAACCAAUAUAUUUAUAUUUCUUCAUGUUCCUUUGAUUCAUUUACCAGAAGUGCUUCAAACAUACCAGUUAAAAGUGGAGAAGGAAUAGAAGAACAAAUUUUCAAAUUUUUGGAGAAUCUCAAAACACAAGAAAAUAAGGAAGAAUUGGCAAAAGGUGUUUUUAAUUUGUAUUCCGAUAUUAAAAAUGCAAUUCCAGUGGAUAAUCAGUAUACAAUAGUCCCAUUUGAAAAUCUGAUCCAAAUCUGUUCCGUUAUCGAUUGGAAUGUUUUAUUUGAAAGUAUAUUCCGUGAACUCAAGUAUGAAUCAUACAAGAAUUUGAAAAUUAUUGUCUAUAAUCCAGAUUCCUUGAAGAAGGUUUGUGAUAUACACAUGUUGGCUAUGAAUACAACAAGCGGUAAAAGAAUUCUACACACUGUGUUAGUGAUAAAUUUCUUGUACAACAUGAGAAGUACCUUAAAUCAAUAUUUCGAAGAGUUUCAAUUUUUCGAAAACCCAAAAUUAUUAGAAAAAACGCCAAGUUGUAUUGAUGAGGUGAAAGAAAAUUUCCGAUGGACAAUAGAACGAAAUCACGAAUAUUCUAGUAUAAGUGAAAGUAGAAAAAGGGAGGUGCUUGAAAUAUUUGACGAAUUAAAAAUCACUUUGAUUCAAUUAUUAUCAUCAACUUCAUGGUUCACUGAAGAUAAAGGCAUCAUUGAUAAGGUUAAAAAUAUUAAUUUGUCGAUAAUUUCUUCGGAAUCAUUGAAUGCGAAAGAAAGAGAAAACAAAGAUUUUGUAUUCAUUGAUAAAAUGCUAAAAAAUAAUUACUUUACGAAUGCAUACUAUUCUCAGAAGACCAAACUGCUGAAAUCAUUUGACGCUACUUUACAUAAAUACGAUGAACCAGAAGUCUCCAGUUUCAUACCAUACAUAUCUGGAUUGGACAGAGAUCAUAACAUUCAUAUAUCUAGUGGGUUUUUACAUCCACCGUAUUUCAAUGGAUCAUAUUCAAUGUCUGAAAAAUAUGGGAUUAUCGGUUGGAUUAUGGGACGUGAGCUUAUGUCUGCAGUUUCUAGUGACUUUCAGAAAGAUAGACCGGAACAAUCCCAGUUCAUUUGUGAAGCAUCAGAUCUACGAUCGUUUGAAUCACAAUUAUGUUGUUUGUCAAAACAAAACACUUUCAGAAUAUUUGGAAAAGAGGUAAGUUGUCGUUUAAAAUGGUCAUUUUACCCGAGAAUAGCUGUACCGUUGAAUGACUUUCAGUAUCCAAAAUGA